AUGAAUUCGAAAGUUGUCACAAAACAUGCUUUUUUUCUUUUAAUUUUAUUAAAAAAUUAUUUUACCAUUGAAGAAUAUAUAACAAAAAAGAAUUUUAAAAGAUCUGUAGACCAAAUAAAUAAUUUCAUAUUUAAUUUUUCAGAAACAUUUUAUUCAAAAAUAAAUAGUAGAAAAAAAAGAAAAAUUGUAUCAAAUGAGCAUGCUAAAUGGUAUUUACCAAUAAAUUAUCAUGUCAGUGAACCUUUAAACCCCUUUGUUAUUAGAAAAGUAAUAGAAACAAUUGAAAAAGAAACAUGUAUUAAAUUUCAAUAUCAAAAAAGUUUUGCUCCUUUUACAACGGGUAUUAUUUAUUUAUAUACAGGAAAUUGCUUAAGCUUUGUAGGAAACAUACGUAGAGACAAUUGGCAAGUUGUUGAAAUUGGAAAAAGAUGUGAUUAUGUUGGAGGAAUUUUACAUGAAACUUUACAUGCAUUAGGAUUAUAUCAUGAACAAUGUCGAUUUGAUAGAGAUUUUUUUGUAAAAAUAUAUAAAGAAAACAUGAUGAAAAGUAAUGUCCAUGAUUGUCAGAAAUAUAAUGUAGAUAGUGCUUUUCAUUAUCAUUUAUCAUACGAUUAUGGAUCAAUAAUGCAAUAUCCAGUAGAUGCAUUUUCUAUAAAUGGUAGAAAGACAAUGGUACCAAUUGAUCCUUUAUAUGAAGGAACUAUGGGACAAAUGGAAAGACUUUCUUUUAUUGAUUCUAAAAUUUUAAAUUUGCACUAUUGUUCACAUAUGUGUACAUUUAAAAAACUUUGUUAUAACUAUGGAUACCAAGACCCUCAAAAUUGUCAUAUUUGUAGAUGUAUUGAAGGGUUUACUGGUCCUCUGUGUAAAGAUUUUGAAAAAAAACGACCAAGGUGUGGUGCCCCAAUAUUAUUUACUUUAAAAACAGUUAAAUUUAUGAUUUUAAAAGGGAAAAAAAAUUGUAUUUAUCAUUUUAUUUCAAAGCAAAAAAAAAAAAUUUUACUUAAUAUUUUAAAAUUAUAUAUGUUUCCUAAUUAUCAACCAGCUUGUAAAUAUAAUAAUGUUGUAGAAAUAAAAUAUUGGAUGGAUAAAUCUGUAACAGGAGCAAGAUUUUGCCUUCAACAAUAUAAUAAAAAAAUAUUAUCACAUACUGAUUCUAUGAUUUUGCAUUACAGAAGUCUUCAAAAUACAAACUUUGUUCAGUUGACUUACAGAGAAUUAAACUAA